AAAAGAUGUGGCACCUUGGACACUAAAGUAGUGUGCCACUGAGGCGUUGACUGCAAUGGCAACUCUAGGUACAAUGACAGGCUUAGCGGUGCUUCUGGUUCUGGUGGCAGCGGCUGUGGGUUCCCACCAGCAGUCACUGGCUGACCCGCCGGUUUGUCCAGAGCGGAUCCCGGGCGUGAUACUCAACAUUACCUUCUACCCAAAUGAAGACGACUGCACCAAGUACUGGGAGUGUGACAACGGAAACCUUUAUAACGGAUCGUGUACUGAUGGCUUGAUUUGGAAUCCCAAUGUGGACUCUUGUGACUGGCCGUAUAAUUACGAUUGUCCUUAUGAUAGGAAACUACCUAUUGACGUCAUAGACUGUCCUCAGCCAUCCCCAGGUGAGAUUUUCAACGUUACUUUCUACCCCAAUGAGGAAGACUGCACCUUGUAUUGGGAAUGUGACAAUGGACUUUUGAGAAAUGGAUCUUGUCCUAAUGGUCUCAUAUGGAACAACGACUUACAGGCCUGUGAUUGGCCUUACAACUAUGACUGUCCCUAUGACAAGAAGGGACUUAUUGUCCUUUCAGAUGCCACUCCAGACUGUCCGCAGCCAUCCCCUGGUGAGAUUUUCAACGUUACGUUCUACCCCAAUGAGGAAGACUGCACCUUGUAUUGGGAAUGUGACAAUGGACUUUUGAGAAAUGGAUCUUGUCCUAAUGGUCUCAUAUGGAACAACGACUUACAGGUCUGUGAUUGGCCUUACAACUAUGACUGUCCCUACGACAAGAAGGGACUUAUUAUCCUUUCAGAUGCCACUCCAGACUGUCCGCAGCCAUCCCCAGGUGAGAUUUUCAACGUUACUUUCUACCCCAAUGAGGAAGACUGCACCAAGUAUUGGGAAUGUGACAAUGGACUAUUGAGAAAGGGAUCUUGUCCUAAUGGUCUCAUAUGGAACAACGACUUACAGGCCUGUGAUUGGCCUUACAACUAUGACUGUCCCUAUGACAAGAAGGGACUUACUGUCCUUUCAGAUGCCACUCCAGACUGUCCGCAGCCAUCCCCAGGUGAGAUUUUCAACGUUACUUUCUACCCCAACGAGGAAGACUGCACCACGUAUUGGGAAUGUGACAAUGGACUUUUGAGAAAUGGAUCUUGUCCUAAUGGUCUCAUAUGGAACAACGACUUACAGACCUGUGAUUGGCCUUACAACUAUAACUGUCCCUAUGACAAGAAGGGACUUACUGUCCUUUCAGAUGACACUCCAGACUGUCCGCAGCCAUCCCCAGGUGAGAUUUUCAACGUUACCUUCUACCCCAAUGAGGAAGACUGCACCUUGUAUUGGGAAUGUGACAAUGGACUUUUGAGAAAUGGAUCUUGUCCUAAUGGUCUCAUAUGGAACAACGACUUACAGGCCUGUGAUUGGCCUUACAACUAUGACUUCCCAUAUGACGAGAAGGGACUUAUUGUCCUUUCAGAUGCUACUCCAGAUUGCCCGCAGCCAUCCCCAGGUGAGAUUUUGAACGUUACUUUCCACCCCAACGAGGAAGACUGUACCAAGUAUUGGGAAUGUGACAAUGGACUUUUGAGAAAUGGAUCUUGUCCUAAUGGUCUCAUAUGGAACAACGACUUACAGGCCUGUGAUUGGCCUUACAACUAUGACUGCCCAUAUGACGAGAAGGGACUUAUUGUCCUUUCAGAUGCUACUCCAGACUGUCCGCAGCCAUCCAGGUGA